AUGGCCAGAGCAAGAUGGGUGGGUGGACUCAACGUCACGGAACAGGCGAAGCUAGAAUGCCGCAUUUCAAAACUUCCAUUCUGGGUCUUCUGCUUUCUUGUGCCAACUGCUCUUGAGGAAUUAACUCUCAUCGAUGACUUUUUCUGGCCCUACUUUGUUACUUGUGUUACGGCUCAUGCAAAAGAUAUUAAUAUCACUACCAAGCUAUGCACGACCACGCCUAGCCAUCCUCAGAACCUCCUCGUCGGAACGCAACAGUCUGCGGCCUGGGGCACUCCAGAUAAUGCCUUGAGCAUAUCAAAACUCCCUCCAAUCCCAUGCAACAUAAAGAUUGUGUACGGUGACACGGACCUGAAUAUCAUUAUACGACUGAAAGCUGGUAUUGAUCAUGGCGGCGACUAUCAUGGAGCUUGGGAGGAAAUUCAUCAUCUCCAGGAGCCACUCCAAGAGCUUAUGACCACGUCGGCUCCGAUUCCACGGGGCCAGGAAUUUACACUGUUUGACUACUUCUAUGUCCCAUACUUGGUCUUCGAAGCAACGGCGGGCCAUGAUGGUUCGACUAUCGAACCCCGAUUCAAAGGAGGUCUUCCGCGACAAUGCUACACACCUCCAGGCCUGUACUGCAGCUGGCUUCACGGAGAAGAAUGGUUGAACUUGGAGUCGAUCGAAACAUCUACUUCACGUCAAAUCCGUUUGGUGAUCGACUCCGCCGACCACCACCACCCGUGUAUCCGAGGACCGUCGAAAGUUCUCGCCAAAGAUGGCACUUUACGCUAUUUCAACCAACACGUAUUCGACGGGUUUCUGCGCAAAAGGUUGGCGCACAAUUCAUGGAUAUAUAACCAGAUGACGGCCGCGAUUAUAUCAGGGUCACUUCGUUCGGAUAUGCGUAUCUGUCGCCUUCAUAGUAUGGUUAUCGACGAAGAUCGCGACGUCCUUACAGGUUUGAUUCACGUAUCGGCAGAAGAACUCGCUAGAUGGGAAAGUCUUGAUCGCGAGCUUUAUGAUUCCAACCCUGAGAUGAUUCCAGAUUAUGACAAACAAAGAAGUGUUGGUCGCAACAACCGAGGGACACUGUACGAAUUGGCGCCCUGGUCUGAUUGUUCGGACGAGCAGCGAGAUCAGUGGGCUCCUGAGCUCGAAAGCCUCGUAGAACAACUGCACGCUGCGGGUCUUGUAUGGGACGCUAAGCCGCAAAAUGUGCUAGUCGACAAGGAAAAUCGGUUGUGGCUCAUUGAUUUUGACGGCGGGUACCGUAUACUGAGGGUUGGGUUGACCGAGGUCUGA